ACAGGGAAGAUGGCAGCCUCCUGAUCGCAGAGAGGGAGCGCAGCGUCGACGGACCGGGGAAUAAAACAACUGCCGCUCGCAUAGGAGAGAGACGGGCUGCGGAGACGGAGACGAAUCGCGACUACUAGCGGCUGUCGAGGUCUAGUCAGAAGAUGAAUAUCCUCAAAGACAACAAAGACUUGGCCUGUUUUUACACCACCAAGCACUCCUGGAGGGGAAAGUACAAAAGGGUUUUUUCUGUCGGAACACAUGGCAUAACCACUUACAAUCCCACCACGUUAGAAGUAACGAAUCAGUGGCUGUACGGGGACAUCUGCGGCAUUGCCCCAGUGGGGAAGGGCCAGGGUGCCGAGUUCAGCCUCACGUUCCGCAAGGGCAGCGGAAAGAAGUCGGAGACGCUCAAGUUCUCCACGGAGCACCGCACUGAGCUCCUCACAGAGGCACUGAGAUUUCGAACAGACUUCUCAGAAGGCAAGAUCACUGGCAGACGCUACAAUUGCUACAAGCACCACUGGAGUGACUCUCGAAAGUCAGUGGUACUUGAAGUCACCCCGGGUGGAAUUGACCAGAUAGACCCCCAGAGCAAUCGGGUGCUCUGCUCCUAUGACUACCGCUCUGUGGAAGGCUUUGUCGAAGUUUCUGACUACCAGGGGGGGUUCUGCAUCAUCUAUGGAGGCUUUGGCCGUCUGCACCUCUUUGCCUCAGAGCACAGAGACGAGAUCAUCCGCAGUGCCGUGGAGCAUGCUGGGAAUUUCAUCGGGAUCACAUUGCGUCUGCGCAAGGAGGCGCUGACCUUCGAGGGCUACCUAACUGAGCGGCUGGGCAAGUACAGCUCCGACGACUGCAUCACCUCGCUGGCCGAGUUCGUGGUGCAGAAGGUCUCCCCACGGCACAAGGAGCCUGUGAAGAGGAUACUGGCCCUCACGGAAACAUGUCUGGUGGAGAGAGACCCGGCGUCCUACAACAUUGUCACCGUCAAACCCUUUGGGGAGGUGUUUGCACUUAUCUGUGACUCUGAGAACCCUCAGAUGUUUACUGUGGAGUUCAUCCGAGGCCAGAUGAGAAAGUAUGCGUCAACAGAAAGGGAUGCCCUGUUGGCCAGCCUUUUGGAUGGGGUGCGGGCCUCUGGUAACCGGGACGUGUGUGUGAAGAUGGUCCCGACGCAGAGAGGCCAACGCUGGGGCCUCAUGAGCAUGCCCGUGGACGAGGAGGUGGAGAGUCUGCAUCUCAAGUUCCUGGCUGCACCUCCGAAUGGAAACUUUGGGGAUGCCGUGUUCAGAUUCAACGCCAACAUCUCGUACAGCGGUGUAUUGCACGCUGUUACACAAGACGGCCUGUUCUCAGAGAACAAGGAGAAGCUGAUCAACAACGCCAUCCUGGCGUUGCUGUCCCAGGAAGUGGAACUGCCGAGUACAAAUGCGGAGCUGGAGAGCCACUUCCAGGCCCUCCGCAGACUGGUUGCCUCCAAAGCCGGCUUCCAGGCCUUCACUCAGCUGCCCAAGUCUGCUCCGCUGGCCGGAGAUCCACUAGGAACGUUCCGAGAGAAACUGGGGGUAAAGACAGUCAAAGCUCUGAAGAGAAACAACAAUGGCGUUACUCACGCCGCUAUCGACAUGCUCUGCGCUCUUAUGUGUCCCAUGCACGAUGACUAUGACCUGCGACAGGAACAGCUGAACAAAGCAUCACUUCUGUCCUCCAAGAAGUUCCUGGAGAACCUUCUAGAAAAGUUCAUCAGCAAUGUGGAACAUGGCACUGGCGCCCUGGUCAUCAGCUCGCUGCUGGACUUCCUGACCUUUGCACUUUGCGCCCCUUACAGCGAAACCACCGAGGGCCAGCAGUUUGACAUGUUGCUGGAGAUGGUGGCUUCCAAUGGACGAACCCUUUUCAAACUGUUCCAGCAUCCCUCCAUGGCCAUUGUGAAAGGAGCAGGCUUGGUCAUGAAAGCAAUCAUUGAGGAAGGGGACAAAGAGAUUGCCACUAAAAUGCAGGACCUGGCCCUGAGCGAGGGGGCCCUGCCCAGACACCUCCACACCUCCAUGUUCACGAUCAGCUCCGAUCAGAGGAUGCUAACCAACAGGCAGCUGAGUCGUCACCUAGUGGGACUGUGGACGGCCGAAAACCCCACAGCGAUGAACCUCCUCAAGAGGAUACUGCCGAUGGGUCUGCUGGCAUAUCUGGACAGCGCUGAACCGGUGCCCGAGAAGGACAUCGACAGGAUGCACAUCCGAGACAACGUCAAGAUCGCCACGGACCAGUUUGGACGGAACAAGGUGCCAGAGUGGCAGCGACUAGCAGGCAAGGCAGCCAAGGAAGUGGAAAAAUUUGCCAAAGAGAAGGCCGACCUGGUGUUGAUGCACUGGCGGGAUAAGAUGGGCAUAGCACAAAAGGAGCAGGACAGAAAUAACCUGAAUCCAAACCAAAAGCCUGUGGUUCUGCGGAAGAGGAGACAGCGGAUCAAGAUCGAGGCUAAUUGGGAACUUUUCCAUUACAAGUUCCAGUUGGACCAUGCCCGGUCUAACCUGAUCUGGAACCUGAAGACCCGGGAGGAACUGCGGGAUGCCCUGGAGGGAGAGAUGCGUGCUUUCAACGUGGACCGGGAGCUGGGCAGCGCCAGCGUCAUCUCCUGGAAUCACCAGGAGUUUGAGGUCAAGUACGAUUGUCUUUCGGAUGAGAUAAAAAUUGGGGAUUAUUACCUGCGUUUGCUGCUCGAAGAGGAUGAGAAUGAAGAAUCGGGAGCCAUCAAAAGAUCGUAUGAAUUCUUUAACGAGUUGUACCACCGCUUCCUGCUCACACCCAAGGUCAACAUGAAGUGUCUGUGUCUGCAAGCGCUCACUAUCGUCUACGGGAAGUGUUUCGAGGAGAUCGGCCCCUUCACCGACACCAAGUAUAUCGUGGGCAUGCUGGAUCGGUGCACAGACAGGCUGGAGAGGGACAGACUCAUCCUGUUUCUGAACAAACUCAUUCUCAACAAGAAAAAUGUGAAGGAGGUGAUGGACUCCAAUGGUGUUCGCAUCCUGGUGGACCUGCUGACUCUGGCGCAUCUUCACACGAGCCGGGCCACGGUGCCCCUGCAGAGCAAUGUGUUGGAAGCAGCACCAGACAUGAAGAGGGACAGCGAGAAAGAGUGGUACUUCGGCAACGCGGACAAGGAGAGACGGGGCCCUUUCAGCUUCGAAGAGAUGCAGGAGUUCUGGAGCUCAGGGGCACUAACGGCAAAGACGAGAUGCUGGGCACAGGGCAUGGAUGGCUGGCGCCCCCUGCAGGCCAUUCCCCAGCUCAAGUGGUGUCUGUUAGCCAGUGGGCAGGCAGUGAUGAACGAGACGGACCUGGCCACUCUCAUCCUCAACAUGCUCAUCACCAUGUGCUCCUACUUCCCCAGCCGGGACCAGGACAAUGCCAUUAUCAGGCCUCUUCCCCGUGUUAAGAGACUAAUUAGUGAUAACAGCUGUCUGCCCCACAUUGUCCAGUUGCUGCUGACCUUUGACCCCAUCCUGGUGGAGAAGGUGGCCAACCUUCUGUACCUGGUGAUGCAGGACAACCCCAACCUGCAGCGCCUCUACCUCACUGGAAUCUUCUUCUUCGUCAUGAUGUACACUGGCUCCAACGUGCUGCCUGUUGCGCGGUUUCUGAAGUACACACACCUGAAACAAGCCUUUAAAUCCGAAGAGGCCAAAGGUCAAGAUGUGGUCCAGCGCAGUGUGCUGGGCCCAGUGCUGCCAGAAGCUAUGGUGUGCUACCUGGAGAACUACGAGGCAGAGCGCUUCUCCGAGAUCUUCCUGGGCGAGUUCGACACUCCGGAGGCCAUCUGGAGCAGUGAGAUGAGGCGGCUGAUGAUAGAGAAAAUUGCCGCUCAUCUGGCGGACUUCACCCCAAGGCUACAGAGCAACACUCGGGCCUUGUACCAGUACUGCCCCAUCCCCGUGGUGAACUUCCCUCAGCUCGACAACGAGCUCUUCUGCAAUAUCUACUACCUCAGACACCUGUGUGACACCAACCGCUUUCCGAACUGGCCAAUACGAGAGCCCGUAAAGUUGCUGAAGGACACGCUAGAGGCCUGGAAGAGGGAGGUAGAGAAGAAACCGCCCUCCAUGUCAGUGGAUGAUGCAUACCAGGUCCUGAACCUCCCAACUGGACAAGGGCAGCACGAGGAGAGUAAAAUCAGGAAAGCGUACUUCCGACUGGCACAGAAAUACCACCCGGACAAGAACCCGGAAGGCAGGGACACAUUUGAGAAGGUGAACAAAGCCUACGAGUUCCUGUGCACAAAGUCCGCACGGAUCACAGACGGACCUGACCCGGAGAACAUCAUCCUCAUCCUCAAGGCCCAAAGCAUCCUGUUCAACAGACACCGCCAGGAGCUGGAGCCCUACAAGUACGCUGGCUAUCCAAUGUUGAUCAAGACCAUCACCAUGGAAACGGACGACAAUCAGCUCUUCUCCAAGACCUCACCCCUGCUGCCCGCAGCCACGGAACUGGCCUUCCAUACAGUUAACUGCUCUGCUCUCAAUGCGGAAGAGCUUAGGCGAGAGAACGGCAUAGAGGUGUUGUUGGAGGCCCUUUCCAGAUGUGUCGCUGUACUGACCGCCUCCAGCAAGUCGGAUGACAUGGCUGUGCAGGUGUGUGGGCACAUCUGCAGGUGCUUCAGCGUGGCGGCGCAGUUUGAGGAGUGCCGGGAGAAGAUAGUCGAGCUGCCCAACAUCAUUCGGGACUUGUGCCAUCUGCUCUACUACGGAAAGGGCAUACCUCGCAUGGCCACUCUGGCUGUGCAGUGCGUGAGCUCCUUCGCCGUGGACAUCUUCCUGCAGACACACCUGUAUCACGCUGGCGUGCUCUGGCACCUGCUGGUCCCCCUCUUCAACUACGACUACACGUUGGAGGAGAGUGGCAUCCAGAAGAGCCAGGAGACCAAUCAGCAGGAGGUGGCUAACGGCCUGGCCAGGGUCAGCUUGGUGGCUCUUAGCCGACUUGGGGGAUACAGCGCAGGCCCCGAGGAUGAGGGGAGCAGCAGCACAAACGGGAUACCCCCGGAGAACCCCACCAUCAGGAAGAGCCUGGCUGCCAUGCUCACCCCCUACAUCUCCCGGAAGCUGGCCUCCAGCUCACCCGCUGAGGUUCUGAAGCUGCUGAACAGCAACUCUGAAAACCCAUACCUGAUCUGGAAUAACGGCACAAGAGCUGAGCUGCUUGAGUUCCUGGAAGGUCAGCAGGAGAGCAUCAUCAAGAGGGGUGAGUGUGACAAGAGUUUCGGCUCAGAGUUUGUGUUUACCGACCACGGGAAGGAGUUAAUCGUGGGUGAGAUCUUUGUGAGGGUCUACAAUGAACAGCCUGCCUAUCCCCUGGAGUUUCCAAAGGCGUUUGCAGCUAGCUUGCUGGACUACGUGGGCUCCCAGGCCCAGUAUCUGUGCACGCUGUUGGCGAUGACCCAAGCCAGCAAGGUGGAGUCGCAGCAGCAUGCCCAGAGGUUGAAGUGGGCUGAGAUGGCCCUGGAAGCUCUUCGCAAUGUCAUCAAAAACAACCCAGGGUCAGAGUCCGAAUGCAUUGGACACUUCAAACUCCUCUUCUCAUUGCUGCGGGUCCACGGGGCAGGCAAGGUCCAGCAGCUGGCUCUGGAGGUUGUGAACACAGUUACCAAAAACCAGGACUGUGUGGCCAACAUUGCGGAGUCCCUUGUACUGUCCAACCUCCUGGUGCUGCUUCACUCUCUUCCCUCUAGCAGGCAACUGGUGCUAGAAACCCUCUAUGCUUUAACAUCCAACACUAAGAUCAUUAAAGAGGCCAUGGCUAGAGGUGCGCUGAUCUACCUGCUAGAUCUCUUCUGUAACUCAACUCAUCCCCAAGUGCGCUCCCAAACUGCUGAGCUCUUUGCCAAGAUGACUUCCGACAAGCUGGUGGGACCUAAGGUGCGCUUAACAUUGAUGCGCUUCCUGCCCGCCGUGUUCAUGGAAGCCAUGAGGGACAACCCGGAGGCGGCGGUUCAUAUUUUCGAGGGCACGCAUGAGAACCCCGAGCUCAUCUGGAACGACAGCUCCCGGGAGACUGUCUCCACGACCGUUCGCGAGAUGAUGCUGGAGCACUUUAAGCAGCAAAAGGAUAAUCCUGAUGUCAAUUGGAAACUGCCGGAGGACUUUGCGGUGGCAUACGGGGCUGGGCAGGGUGAGCUGGCGGUGGGCGGAGUCUUCCUGCGGAUCUUCAUCGCACAGCCAGGGUGGGUGCUGCGCAAACCCCGAGAGUUCCUGGUGUCCUUGCUGGAGACCCUCACUGAGCUACUGGAAAAGAACAAUCCCAACGGUGAGGCCUUGGAAACGGUCACAACGGCAGCAGUGUGUCUGUUCAGCAAUCAGACUCAGCUGGCUGACCAGGUGCCACCUCUAGGCCAUUUGCCCCGCAUUUUGGCUGCCAUGAAUCACAAAAACAAUGCCGUGCCCAAAAGCUCCAUCCGUCUCAUCCACGUUCUGUCUGACAAUGAGUUGUGCGUGCGCUCCAUGGCGUCGCUGGACACCAUCGGACCCUUGAUGAAUGGAAUGAAAGUGCGGGCCGACAUGGCCGGACUGGCGUGCGAGGCACUCAACCGCAUGUUCCAAAAGGAGCAGACCGACCUGGUGGCCCAGGCCCUGAAGAUGGAACUGGUGCCGUACCUCCUAAAGCUGCUAGAAGGGGUGGGGCUCGAGACACUUGACAACCCGUCAGCCACCAAGGCCCAGAUUGUCAAGGCGCUGAAGUCCAUGACACGUAGCCUGCAGUAUGGUGACCAGGUGAGCGAAAUCCUCUCUAGGUCUACAGUGUGGAGUGCCUUCAAGGACCAGAAACAUGACCUCUUCAUCUCCGACUCACAGACCGCAGGGUAUCUGACAGGUCCAGGAGUAGCAGGCUACCUGACCGCCGGGACGGCCUCCACCGUGCUGCCAAGCGUCCCUCCGCCCGUAGACAAUGACAUCGGAGACCUGGGCUGAGUAACAGGCGGACACGUCCAGGCAGACCGACCGACCGCCUUGUGGUUCCAGACAACAGCUCUUAUAGACUCUGUAGGAGACACAGGGAGGAGGGAGCAGGGUGGGGGCAGGGAUGGGCACUGAAACUACCACAGACUGUCCUUGCCCUUGCCCACCCCAAAGUCCUCCAGCCCCCCAAAUAGCACUCGCAUACUUUUCAGGAUUAAAACAAAAAAAAAGUAAUUCAUAACACAUUUUUGUCCUGUUAAAUUAUGUCUGUCUGUUUUCUUAUUCUCCCCGCCCCCCC